AGCGCAGCGACGACGGAGCAGAGCCGUCUUGAGAAGAUGGAGAUGGCGAUGAGAGCGACGGCGGACAUCGCCGUCGGCGAAGACGUCACGCCGCCGAUCGCUCCUCUCUCUCGCCCUCUACGACUCCUUCCUCCCCUCUCACUGCUCCUCCUGCUUCUCCCCUCUCUCUCCUCCUCCGCCUCCUCCGUCUCCGCUCGCCGGCUCCUCCCGCUCCUCCUCUACUGCUCCGCCGCCCGCUGCCGCCCUCCCUCCGCCUCCUCCCCCCGCCUCUCCUCCGCCGAGGAGCUCCUCCUCCUCCUCCGCUCGGCCUCCGGCGACACCUCCGACCUCCGCGCGGCCCUCCGCCUCCUCGCCCGCGGCCCCGACGCCUCGAGCCGGAGGAUCGGCGGCCUCCUGACGAACCGCGAGAAGCUGAUGAGCUCCGGCGACGGGGAGGCUGCGGAGAGGAUCCGGAGCGGCGCCAGGGCCCUGGCGGCGGCGAGGAGGAGGCUGGGCCUGGGCGGCGGAUAUGUGGAGGGCGAUGCCAUUUUGGAGGAGGCGGCGCUGUGCGCGACGAUUACGAACGCGGUGGAGGUCCAGGAUGUCGACGGUCGCGGCCUGGGGAUUGCUGUGUAUGGUACGGAGUUCUCGUGGAUCAAUCACAGUUGCUCGGCUAAUGCUUGUUAUAGGUUUCAGUUUAGUGGACCGGAGAUUAGUGCUCGGGCUCCGGACGAAUGGUGGCUCCGCAUUGUUCCUUAUGGCGAUCGAGCUCAAAUGGACAGUGUUGCUUGCAGACCUGGUGAAGUUGGGAAAGAUUAUGCAGAUUACGGGCCGAAAAUAAUAGUUCGUAGCAUAAAGGCAAUUAAGAAAGAGGAGGAGGUGACUGUUGCAUACACUGACUUAUUGCAGCCUAAGGCAGCUAGGCAGUCUGAGCUACAGUCCAAGUAUCAAUUUAAAUGUUCCUGUACAAGAUGUGAUGCAGAACCUUUAGGAUAUGUGGAUCACGCUUUGCAGGAUUUCUGUGCUGCCUAUGGCUAUUUCAGUGAAGAUAGAACCAACUGCAGCAUCUAUCAGGAUGAGGCUGCCAGAAGGUUGAGUGAGUCGAUGGAUGACGUUAUAUCUGAAUAUCUAUCAGAUAGUGAUCCAAAGUCUUGCUGCGAGAAGCUCGAGAGUUUGCUUACGGAAAGGGUCUUUGAUGAAGACUUUGCAUCGAAGGCUGGAAUCAAGCAAAAGUUUCUUCUGCAACCCUUGCACCAUCUCUCCUUGAAUGCCUACAUAACAUUGGCUUCCGCUUAUAGGAUCUGUUCGAGUCAAUUAGUUGCUCCACAGAUACAAGCAGGUGCUCUUGUAUUGGAAACUUUGAAGUUGAGCAGAAUCAGUGGAGCAUACUCGCUGCUUCUUGCAGGAGCAGUCCACCAUCUGUUUCGCUCUGAAUCUUCUCUAAUGGCAUCUGCAGCAACCUUUUGGGUAAGUGCAGGAGAGUCCUUGUUGUCUCUUUCUAGAAGCUCGGCGUGGAGUAUAUUUUCAGAAAAACCGCACACUGCACGUUCAUCAAUUCCCAAGCCCCAGUCCUGCAGGUGCUCCUUGAUGAGCAAAGUUCAGUUGCGGCCUUUUUGGAGUCAAGCUUUGUAUAUGGACUUUGAAAACAUAUCUGGGGAUUUCAUGAGCUGUAUUGCUGUUCUGACAAAGAUGCUUUGGGGUUUCCUAGCUCACGGUAGUCGUUACUUGCAAGCAGUGAAGGAUCCUGUUGAUUUUGGGUGGCUCAGGACAGUCGAAAUCUUCAAUGGAUACAAUUUCGGAGCUCAUUUAGAUGGCACUGGUUUAGAUUCUUAUUGUGAGAGAGACCAAAAUGCUUCUACAUAUAAAUUGCGUGCAUCGUGUGACCAAGAAAGAAGACUACUUCUGUUCCAGCUUGGUGUCCAUUGUUUAAUGUAUGGAGGACUGCUCUGGAGUAUAUGCUACGGUCGGACUCCGCGCAUUCUUGACAUGUUAUCCAAUGAGAAUGACAUGGUAGAUUGUUCACUGGAUCGAUUAGAGAAUUUUUGAAUC